CUCGCUCCUCCUCCUCCCGCCCCUACUCCACCCAACCCCCAGCUCGUUUGAUACGCCCCCCCCCCCCUCUGAUUAACGAUGUCUGAACCUUACGACCCGUAUGUCCCCCGCGGCGGCGCAGCCCCCGCCGGCCCCAGCGCCGGUAACUCGAAGACGGCCGCGAUCCAGCAGCAGAUCGACGACACCGUCGGCAUCAUGCGCGAGAACAUCACCAAGGUGGCGGAGCGCGGAGAGCGGUUGGAUUCGCUUCAGGACAAGACCGAUAACCUCGCGGUGUCGGCGCAAGGGUUCCGUCGUGGGGCCAACCGUGUGCGAAAGAACAUGUGGUGGAAGGAUAUGAAGAUGCGACUCAUCAUCGGCGCCGUGAUCGCGAUCAUCAUCGUCAUCAUCGUCGUCUCCAUCGUGAAAGCGACGAAAUAGUCGACUCGUACAUGAAACGAGGACAACACCCCUAUGUCACCGUUAGUUACCCACUCCGUCCUCACAUGGUAUUUUUCUGCCCUUUGUUGUAUCUAUGCGCGCGCUACUUUCCAUAAUCUGACUUUCCGGACUCGCUCUGCCGCCGCCACAUGUCGCUCAUCCGUCGAGAAAAUGUAGAUAGGGUGUAGGGUCUAUCAUGGUAUUUGUGUGGAGUUCAUUCGGUGGACUUGUCUGUGGCAGGAAUUGCGAUGUUGUUUACG